UGCUGCGGACGGACCACCAUGCUCGGCGUCCUGCACUUCCUCCGGAGCUUCUUCAAGACUCCAGAGCCAAGUGCACACCUGCCGGGUGAGGGCGCGAUUGAAGAUAAGCAGCUCCCCCUUUCUGCGGAAGCAGAGGCUCAGGGAUGGAGCCAGGAGGCAGACCACGAUGAUUUUGAGACCCUGUCCCACCAGAGUGAAAGUCACUCAGACACAAAAACUGACCCCUUUGAAAGUGCCUCCGACACAGAGUCCCUGCCUGACCUCACAGGGGGAGUCAGCCUCCCUCCGGAUGGCACCUCCCGGGACACAGAAGCGCUCGGGGGAUGCUCUGACAUCUCGGUAACCAGACCGCCUCCGGCGCCACAUUCAGCUAGUGGCCCUGAGCUUAAUGCAGAGGAGGAACUAGAUCUGUGCCUCGACUUCAAGGAAGAGUCUUAUGAAAGUGGGUUCCGAGCCUUCGCUGCCGUUGGUGGAGAAGUGAGGGCCGCACACCUGCGGGAGGGCGUGGCCGGCCCCCAGCGACAGUCCCCGCUGGCAGGGGCCGCUCACCACGCGGAGGGCUGCGUGCAGCUGGACACAGGCUGCCAGCCCCUCCCAGCAAAGGUGGUGACUGCACAAGACCUCAGGGGUUUCUCUGCUUUUCCUCUACGGAAACCCAGGUCUGAGAGUUGUCUGGGCAUCCUGGGGGUCUGGCCCUCCCUUCUCCGGUGCAGUGAACACGGCCGGAGCUGGCCGCACAUACACUACAGGGCCGGGGGACCAGGGCUGCGUUUCAGCGACCCGCUGGACAGCACUGCCCCUCAGGGGGCCAGGACAAGGAAGGGGAGUACCCGAGGCCCCGCAGUGGACGCAGGCUUACCCUGUUCCCAACCCUGCUUUGACGCCCCCUGCCAGCAUCCAUCCAGCAUCCUGCCAGAAGCAUCUUGCCUCCUACAUGCCAAGCUUCGCCAUAGCGCCCCAGGAAACAUUGGUGGGACAUCCCCACCGCACCGCUGUCAGCCCACGAGGACACUGAACAGGGCCCAUUCCAUAGCAGAGUUUCCCUUGAGAUACUGUGAGGAUGCUUUAGGGCAGAACUCGAUGACGUCUGGGACCCAUUUGAAGGAAGGGACAGAAGCAGAACCGGCUCUGAGAACGCAAAACCCUCUUCGCCAUAUUCCCACCCAGCUAUCUCACUCGCUUCCUGCUCUGGGCAAACCCAGUGCUCUUAGCUCGAAAGGGGCCUCCCAGGACACGCCCUCUGAAGCUCCCCGGCUGGAAAACCAGUCAGGACAGGAUUCUAGACCCGGCCCCGUCUGUUCAUGCCCUCGUGCGGAGCUGGUGAGCCUCAGCGCAUUGGGAGUGCCAGUGCCAGCAGGGUGCGAGUCGGAACACGGCCCAUUUGAAAGCAGACCAGAGGAACCCCCAGGCGCUGGCCUGAUACCAAAUGCUGACGACGUGAGUGAUAAACAGAAGCACCUUCAGGACAUUUCUGUUGAAGCAGGAAACCAAACCGGUAAUUACACAUCAAAGUUUGUCCUCAGUGAGAAAAGAAAGCCACCUGCUAGGGCCAAGUUCCCACAUCAUCCCAGCAAUAGCCGGUCACAGGUGUGGAACAGAGACUGGAGGGUUUGCUCUGGAGUGAGCGGUUGCUCAGACGCGCCAGAGACCAUCCCGAAAUUAAGCGCAACAGACUCUUCAAAGGAAGCAGAAGUGAUGGUUCCAGACCCCAACUUCACGAAAAAUGCCUUGCAGAGUUUUUCGGGAAUCACAGCAGCCACCCUGGCUCACUGCAGCUGCGGGGAUGAGGAGCGUGCCCAGGGGCACGAGGGUGGCUCCACGCCCUUUGCAGAGGGUCUCCAGCUAAAGCCCGAGUCAGACACGGCUUCUAAGGGCGGGGGCGCGCUCAUCAUUAUAGCUGUGGAACAGAAAGGGCUGCAGGCCACCAGUGGGGAGGUGGGGCCUCCUCCAGACACACAGUCCUGUGAGUUUCUGGAGGAAAGACCAGGAUCUCCCCGCAGUGCUGGAGCGUCCCCCCACGAGUCUCCCCGGGCUGGGAAACCGCAAACUGGUGGCAGAGAGUGUGCGCCACCCGCAGCCCGAAGUCUGGGAAGUGACGACGGGGCUCUUCAGCAGGUGGCCCAAGAGCUUGGCAUAGUUCUGAAGCCCCAGGCUGCCUCGGAAGAGAGCCUCCCUAGCGGGGAAGAGACGCGUUCCCAGGAGCGCACCGGGGGCGCGCCGAGCACACGCGCUCCUGCGGAAGAGAACCCGCCUGGGGCGAGCCAGAGCGCCGGGACAGGGGCGGCCAGGGAGCAGGCUGAGGGGGCGCACGGGGCCCGGGGCCCUCACCCCGCGGGGAGCCCCGGGGCACCGAGCCCCGAGGACAGGCGAGGGGUGAGCGCGGCGGAGGGCGGCGCGGAGACGCGGCUGGGCGUCCAGGCCUCCGCCCGCACCCGCGCGCCCCACCGUCUCCGCCUGGCUUCGCGCGAGCCGGGGAAGCGCCUUGCCUUCCCCAAGGUGACCUCCUUCCGAAAAAGCAAGCCGUCGGCCGCCGAGAGCCCAGGAGGGGGCUGCCCCGGGGGCUCUUCCAGCCUGCAGGAGCUGUGCGCGGACAGCGGCCCCCAGGCGGCCACCGGGCAGAGCGUGUCGGGCCGGGCCCGGCCUCCUGCAGGGCUGACAGAAGGGGCCCAAGUGGAGACGCGUGGGGACCUCGGCAGCAGAAGACCGGCCUCAGAAAUCAGCGACGCCAAGAGACUCAAAACCCCCGAGAAAAGGCUCAGGGCAAGGUUGGCCUCAGCUCAGAGGACCUUUGCGAAUUUUUUUGAGUCAAAAGUCUCAGAGAAAGAGAACACUGAUGAAUGUUCUCCAGGUUCUUUCAAGGACCAGAAGGAGAAGAGCUGGCUGCGCCAGAGUUCCUGGCGGGCAUUUCUGAAAAGCAAAGAUACGGAGGGCCCCAAAAGGCCCUCCUUCGUGAGUCUGGUUCCAGGACCGGAAGUCUUGAAUCCGCCCAGACCGUCCCCACUAGCGACCAGUAACCACUGUGAGGAGCAGGAGGACAAGGAGAGCUACGUUUUUAGAGAUCACGGGACACCCCCACAAUCCCCCCUACCUUUGCCCUCCAGCGAUUUGGUCUCUUCAGACAACAGGAGAAAAAGUGAACCAACCAUCAAAUGUACAAGCCCCAGGGAAAGUGGUAAAUACCUGCCUGCGGGUAUCUUUCCUGAAAAGUCUUGGUCUUUGGCACCAACCAGCCCUCCGUGGCAACCGAUUGCGAUCAACCACGCCCUCCCCUCCAGCUCUGCCUGUUGCCUGGCCUAUGGAAGCCAGGGGGUACCCUCUAAGCCCCUAAGCCCCAAGCCCCAGAGCCCCAGGCCCGGUGCCCAGCGGAUGGAUUUCUCCUACCCUGGCCCGGGCAGGGCCAUCUCCGUGGUUUUUCUUGGAAGCUACAACCAUGUGGAUAGCAGCUCAGAGACCCCUGGAAGCCCCAGGACCUCCAAGGCCCGGACAAGCCUCCUCCUUUCUCUGCAGGCACUAGACCAGAAGGAAGAGAGGGAAAAAAGAGGCCAGCAUCUCUGUGGCCCCAGCACAGCACCCUCGCUCAGGGACCUUCUGGGGAGUGAGGACCACAUGCCGGGGGAAAAACAGCCAGGCAAGAUGCCCCGUUGCUCCCACAACCAGAAAGCUUCUCACAUGGAGCCAGCUCCGAGGCUGCUCUCGCCCCCUGGGAUGGGGACUUGGACUCUCCCCUUCGUCUCUGCAGAGGACGUCCCCGGAGAGACUCCUUCACCACCCCGGAGCCUCCUUCAGCACUCACACGUCAGUUUAGAUGACCUGUGGCUGGAGAAGACGCAGAGGAGGAGGUUGAAGAAGCAGGCGCAGGUCGAAAGGAAGAUGCACGCACAUAAAGACGGAGUCCAAUGUUGGAGGAAGAUGACCGUUACCUCUCCAGAGUCUUUGAAUCUCCCUAGAAGAAGCCAUCCAUUCUCCCAGAGUGCCCCAACAGGACUGGACCGCGUGGGCUGGCCAGAGCACCCACCUGACAUUGCCCUCCCCGAUGGAGCUCUGGACCCGGCCCUCCGUGCGGACGAGGCGGGCAGUGAGGAGGACCUGUACGAGGACGUGCACAGCUCCAGCCACCACUACAGCCACCCUGGAGGUGGCGGCGAGCAGCUGGCCAUCAACGAGCUCAUCAGUGAUGGCAGCGUGGUCUGUGCCGAAGCACUCUGGGACCAUGUCACCAUGGAUGACCAGGAACUGGGCUUCAAAGCUGGGGAUGUCAUCGAAGUAAUGGAUGCCACCAACAGAGAGUGGUGGUGGGGCCGCGUCGCCGACGGCGAGGGCUGGUUUCCAGCGAGCUUCGUGCGGCUGCGGGUGAACCAGGACGAGCCUGCGGACGACGAGGAGCUGGGGACCGGGCACGGCGGGGCCGGGGACGGCGGGGCUGAGGCGCAGAGCAGCAAGGACCAGAUGCGGACCAACGUCAUCAACGAGAUCCUCAGCACCGAGCGGGACUACAUCAAGCACCUGCGCGACAUCUGCGAGGGCUACAUCCGGCAGUGUCGCAAGCGCGCCGACAUGUUCAGCGAGGAGCAGCUGCGCACCAUCUUCGGGAACAUCGAGGACAUCUACCGGUGCCAGAAGGCGUUCGUGAAGGCGCUGGAGCAGAAGUUCAACCGGGAGCGACCGCACCUGAGCGAGCUGGGCGCCUGCUUCCUGGAGCACCAAGCGGACUUCCAGAUCUACUCCGAGUACUGCAACAACCACCCCAACGCCUGCGUGGAGCUGUCUCGGCUCGCCAAGCUCAGCAAGUACGUGUACUUCUUCGAGGCCUGCCGGCUGCUGCAGAAGAUGAUCGACAUCUCCCUGGACGGCUUCCUGCUGACGCCCGUGCAGAAGAUCUGCAAGUAUCCUCUGCAGUUGGCGGAGCUGCUCAAGUACACGCCCCCCCAGCACAGGGAUUUCAAGGACGUGGAAGCUGCCUUACAUGCCAUGAAGAACGUGGCCCAGCUCAUCAAUGAGCGGAAACGGAGACUGGAGAACAUCGACAAGAUUGCUCAGUGGCAGAGCUCCAUAGAGGACUGGGAGGGGGAAGAUCUCCUGGUCAGGAGCUCAGAACUCAUCCACUCCGGGGAGCUGACUCGUGUCACCCAGCCUCAAGCCAGGAGCCAGCAGAGGAUGUUUUUUCUCUUUGACCACCAGCUCAUCUACUGUAAGAAGGACCUCCUCCGCCGGGACGUGCUGUAUUACAAGGGCCGGGUGGACAUGGACGGCCUGGAGGUGGUGGACCUGGAGGACGGGAAGGACAAGGAGCUCCAUGUGAGCGUCAGGAACGCCUUCCGGCUGCGCUGCGGCCCCACCGGGGAGAGCCACCUGCUGUGCGCCAAGAAGCCCGAGCAGAAGCAGCGCUGGCUCAGGGCCUUCGCCAGGGAGCGGGAGCAGGUGCGGCUGGACCAGGAGACAGGCUUCUCCAUCACCCAGCUGCAGAGGAAGCAGGCCAUGCUGAACGCCAGCAAGCAGCAGGCCCUCGGAAAGCCCAAAGCCCUCGGCCGGCCCUACUACCUGACGCGCCAGAAGCACCCGGCCCUGCCCGCCAGCCUGCCCCAGCAACAGGUCUUGGUGCUGGCAGAGCCCGCGGAAGCCCUCCACCUUCUGGCACAGCAUCAGCCGGCUGGCGCCCUUCCGCAAGUGAGCCCGCGCCCCCGACGGCACCGUCUGGACCUGCCCGGCCGGCGGGCCUCCAGCUCUUCUCGAGGCCCAUGGCACCCGGCCCUCCCUCCUCUGCACAUUAUGCGAACUGGAAGUUAGCGGGGCUGAGCGUGGGAGGCGCUCAGUGCCCCUAUUCGGAGUUUCUUCCCCACUACUGGGGCACUGAAGACCCAGCUGGAGAGGCAGGCCCCCAGCAUGCGAACCUCCCAGCGCCCCCCCAGGCCUGUGGGGGCCUCUCGGGGGCCACAGCCCAGACCACCCACCAGGCCAGCGCGAGAAUGGCCGCUUUGGACAGCGAACCAUCCCUCCUGCUCCUGUUUCCUCUGGGCAGGAGACCGUCUCUGCCUUCAGCCACCUGCAAAGCCAGGCUGUGUGCCCUCCAACUCUCCGCGCAGGCCCCCAGCUGGUGGCCAGGCAGCCUGCGUCCCUGGCGGGUGGGAACCAGAAAUUCUGCACACAAAAUUGUCUGGCCCAGAAUCCGCCGGGUUUUGCCUCCCAGUCCCUCUAGACGCCCCUGGCUGCUGGACACCUAUUCACUUGUGAUGUGUUUGUUUAUAGUGGAAAGAAAACAAAACCGUAGUCAGCUAAAUCCUGUCAGGGUUUGUGACCAGUCCACCUGUUGCCGUGGGAUGAUUCCAGAACCUGGUUCCAGUGUUUUUUUUUUUUGUUUGGACUCUUGUUUUCCUAAUGAUGGAGAAAAAGAAUUAGUGACACAGAAAGAUUGCCUUACCCUACGUGAGCGUGAGAAGCCAUAAGGACUGAGUUCUGUGGCCCAGCAUCCAGGACUGACCCACCCGGAGGCUGGUGGGCGUGUGGGUGGAGGGAAGCCCACAUCCCACUGAGGGGCGCCCGGAGAGCAGCCGGGGUCUGGCUGGGGGUGCGGAGCGCAGAGCUGCCCCACGGCCCAAGGGAAUGAGCAGCAUGUACAGUCACUCUUGCACUAUACCUUCUCCAAGCCAGAAACCACAUUUAAUUUCAUAAAGAAACUUGUGAAAAAUAA